AUGCAGUGCCCUUGGCACCCCUACACUGUGUGCUCUGCAUCUAGGACAGCACGGGCAUUAGCAAGCUACCAUCGCAGCCACGAGCAAGACUUGCAUGGCCCCUACCAAUGUUCAAAGGCUGCAUACGGCAAGUUCUUUGCAUCCCUAUACGUUUUUGCUAGCCAUGAAGAACGCUGCGACAAGAGAGAGGCCACCCUUAGCAGCACCAGCUACCGCUUCGCUCUGACAAAGGCCGCAGAGAUCAGCCACCCACACAGGAUCAUCAUUGUUAAUCGCAGUUCCUCACAUCCUCCGAAGGAGUGGAAAGCGAAGACACGAAGCAUACAUGAGAGUCUCCCUGUCAUUGGAAAGCCAAUCCUGGCGCACUAUGUUGCAAUGGGCAACAGCAGUGAAGGAUCUGGAAUCUCCGCUGUCUUGCAGAGCUGCUCAACUGCUCGACACGGCAGCUUCCCGCACCGGCGGGCUUUCAAGUUCACCGCAGCGAUCGUUGGAGAUAUCCAGGCCGCCAAUGACUCCGGCAUCACACCUCUCCUCAUCUCGGUAGGCCUAGACGGCUGGACCUGUGACGUGAGGAUGAUUUUUCCGUGGCUGCAAGCCUCAAACCUCCUGUUUGAGCUGGUCAUUCCAACCGCGAAGCCGGUAUAUGGCAUGACAGGUCGUUUUGCAGAGAAACAUGGCGAUAUCUACUGGUGGACAUACCAGGCCAAGGCAAUCUUGCAGGCGCUGAAGCAAGGUGCUGGUCACGAUGGAAUGACAGACGAGCUGAUUGCCGCCUGCGCUACCUGCAAACGCCGCCACACACGCUGCGAUGAGAAGAAGCCUGUGUGCGGGAACUGUGAACGCCUGAAUCUUGAGUGCGAGCCAUCCGAAGAGGUUGCGUGGGCUGCUUCCCAUACCGACACAAUACGAGAUCAACCAGACAAUGAUGCGCCUUUACUUGUUGACGUGUUCAGGACACGUAUGAACGAUCUCGAUCUCUCCCAAGAUCCGUUAUUAGGUCAGAAUUACAUACCUGUAACUGGAAUUACACCACCAGGACCGACCGGCUCGAAUGGUCUGAAGAAGAUACGAUUGACUCCCGAAAGCGCUUUCCUUCUCCAGACCUACGUACGUACUGUCGCUACCUGGAUGGAUAUUUUUGAUCAUAGUAGUACUUUCCAGCAUAAGAUUCCACAGCUAGUCCUGGCAUCACCACUCCUGUUCCAUUGCGUGUGCGCUUUCACCGCCAAUUACCUAGCCCUUUCGAACUCGAGCCAUGACCCUUCUUGGCAAGUCACAGCUGGCAAGCACUAUGGUGAAUCUUUGCGCCUGCUAAUAGAAGCUUUGAGUAUGCCGUCGCACGAACAUGCGCUGACCGCCAGUAUGCUGCUCUUGAGCUACGAGAUUCACGGAGCUUUGCGGUCUGAAGACUAUCGCCGUCAUUUUCUAGGCCUUACAGUACUCAUCAAGUCGCGGCAUGUUACUGCGCAGUCGAGCGGAACGGACCUUGCGAAUUUCUGGAUCUAUGUUCGACACGAGAUCGUUGUUGCGAUGGCGAGCGAGCAGCCACUGAUACUGGACCCUGCAGAAUGGGAGGUAUCUUGGAUUGAGGGCGAGACUAGAGAAGAUGUGCUUGGAAAUCAUGUUCUCUGGAUACUAGCGAGAGUAAUUAACCUCAUCUUUGGCCCAGAUGGUCGAACAGCAGCCGGUAAAGAACAACGUCAGAACUUCUUGCAUGAAAUAGAGAUAUGGCGCAGGGGACUCUCCGAUACCUUCGUGGGCAUCCCAUAUGGUGAUAAAGACGCGGAUGGCUUUUGCAAAGUGUACUUCCCAGUGGCUGCUGCUGCCGCUGCGGCGUUUUGGUACCAUAUAACACAUAUCCUGCUCUAUGCGGAGCCGGAACUCCAAGACGAAGCCUACAUCCCUCUAAUCCAGGAGCAAGCUAUGAGAAUUACUGACAUAGCCAUAUCGGACUUCCCCCCAGCGCUAAUGGUCUUCUCUACGCAUGGUUUGUUUUACGGUACGUAUUCGUUCUUACAACUGCAUAUUGUCACACAACAAACCCAUCGCAAAGCUGACUCUGGUGAAAUGCAGCCGCGAAGCAUAUACACAGUAUAUCAAGAAAAUCACGCAUCUGGAACAUUCUCAAUGAAGUUGAACGCCAAACUGGAUACAAUACAGGAACGACUGUGA